AUGGCAGCUGACUUUGCAGAUCAUGAAUUUGUUAAAGAAGAUGUGAACGAUUUUGAUGUUAUUAUUAUAGGCGCUGGUCUAUCUGGCCUUACAUGUGCAUAUAAUAUUCUGAGAAAGAAAGCUGGGUUAGAUGUCUUAAUAAUUGAGGAAAAUAAUGAAGUUGGAGGCCGCAUUUUACCAAAAGUUCUUAGCCAAACUUAUCAUGCUAAUUUCUUGCAACAGCAUAUAACUGAUCUGAUAGAAUCAUUGCGUAUAAAUGUCAAACCAGGAAAAAUUAUUAAUACAAGGGAAAAAAUACUGUAUUCGAAAUCUGGACCAUCACGGAAUUUACCUAAAUAUUAUGGAGCUGAAAUUUAUUCCUUUCUUGACAUGAUUGAAACAGAAGCAUUGUCGCUUGUAUUAAACAAUUAUACUGAUAAUGAAACAGCUCAUCUUGCUGAAACAAGCGUGGAAGACAUGUUACGCAAAUAUGUUUAUUUUUCCUUCGCACGUUUGCUAUGUCGAGCAUAUAUUUGCAGUACAUGUGCCAUGCGAAACCUCAAUGACGUUUCCGCUCUUUGGUUGCUGGUUACAUUAAAUGGCGCCUCAGGUCUUUUCAAUCGAUUGAGGAUUACGAUUGGUGACGACAAUCGAUUUUUUAUACAGGGUGGUGUAAUUAAAAUAGCUCAGGAAUUGUUAAGAAAUAUUUUACGCCUCAACGGUAAAAUACGAUACCAGGAGACAGUUAAUGAGGUUAAAUUCAACGAUGAUCGAGUGUAUGUAUUUACAGAAAAAAGCAGUUUAAGAUGCAACUUAGCGGUGAUAGCAGUGCCUCCACCAGAGCAUAAUCGCAUUGCCAUCGAACCAUCCUCACAGUGUUUAUUAAAUACUCAAAUUUUAUAUACACCUGGCAAGAAUAUAUUCUUCAACGUUGUUUAUAAAAAUCGAUAUUCGAAUAAUGAUUCUAUAAAGGACAUCGUAACUACAUGGGACUUGAACAGCAAUCUAAAUAUUGCUUACAAUGUAACUCACAGCAAAUCAGAAAACUCUAUGCUUUCUGGAUUUCUUGCGGAACCUAAUUCCACGCAAACAAGUAGAAAGGAAUUAUUUGAUACGUUACACGAGUGUUUCAAAAGUGAGGAAACCUCGGAAUAUCUGCAAUAUACAGAAUACGAUCACUUUUUGAAUGGUGAAAUGAAAGGUGGUAGUCCUAUGAGUGUUCUGAUGCCCACAUUAGUGAAUCAUGUCAGUUUGCAUACGGGUACUGCGUUUGGAAGAUGCAACUUAGCGGUGAUAGCAGUGCCUCCACCAGAGCAUAAUCGCAUUGCCAUCGAACCAUCCUCACAGUGUUUAUUAAAUACUCAAAUUUUAUAUACACCUGGCAAGAAUAUAUUCUUCAACGUUGUUUAUAAAAAUCGAUAUUCGAAUAAUGAUUCUAUAAAGGACAUCGUAACUACAUGGGACUUGAACAGCAAUCUAAAUAUUGCUUACAAUGUAACUCACAGCAAAUCAGAAAACUCUAUGCUUUCUGGAUUUCUUGCGGAACCUAAUUCCACGCAAACAAGUAGAAAGGAAUUAUUUGAUACGUUACACGAGUGUUUCAAAAGUGAGGAAACCUCGGAAUAUCUGCAAUAUACAGAAUACGAUCACUUUUUGAAUGGUGAAAUGAAAGGUGGUAGUCCUAUGAGUGUUCUGAUGCCCACAUUAGUGAAUCAUGUCAGUUUGCAUACGGGUACUGCGUUUGGAAGGGUUUUCUUUGCAUCUAGCGAAUAUGCUACCAAUUGGCCAGGAACUAUAGACGGCGCAAUCGAAGCUGGUAAAUUCACUGCUUAUUCGCUUCUAUACAGAAUUAGACCACAGACGCUUACCGCUCGUGAAAUAGCCAGUUUUAAGUACGCAUUUUACACUAUUAUAUUACAAAUACUCCUAGAAUAG